GGAGUUUUCAGCCAAUCAGCGAAGCGACAGGGAGUGACCGUCGGUCUGCUAACUUUCCUACUUGGUGCAUGCAUUUUGAAGUGUCGGCUGAUAGUGCUAUCAUUUCAUGGAAAACGACGCAAGUGUAACCAAGCAGAGAACCAUGGUUCAAGCAAAAGUAUGGAUCCUCCGCAAGCACUUCGAUGGCUUCCCUAAAGAAAGCGACUUUGAGCUAAAAGUGGAGCAGCUGCCUGAACCCAGAGAUGGAGAGAUUCUCUUGGAGGCUGUUUUUCUCAGUGUGGAUCCUUACAUGAGGCCUUUCAGUCGCGUGCGGAUGAAGGAGGGAGAUGUGAUGAUUGGAACUCAAGUGGCCAAGGUGGUGCAGAGCAGGAAUCCCUCAUUCCCGGUGGACUCUCACGUGGUCAGUCGAUCGGGCUGGAGAACCCACACUGUGUCCGAUGGCACGGGCGUCAAACUCCUGUUCUCCGAUUGGCCAGCUGAUGUGCCACUCUCUCUGGCACUGGGUGCCAUUGGUAUGCCUGGGCUCACUGCCUUAUAUGGUCUGGAGGAGGUGUGUGAGCUCAAGGCCGGUGAGACGGUAUUGGUCAAUGCAGCGGCAGGUGCGGUGGGAACAGUGGUGGGGCAGAUUGCCAAGCUGAAGGGCUGCCGUGUGAUUGGCUCGGCCGGGAGUGACGCCAAGGUGGCCUACCUGCAGGAGCUGAGCUUUGACGUGGCCUUCAACUACAAGACGGUUCCCUCGCUGGAGCAGGCCCUUAGGGAGGCUUCGCCGGAGGGAUACGACUGCUUCUUUGAGAAUGUUGGCGGUGCUUUCUCCAUUGCGGCCCUUCCCCUGAUGAAGCCGAUGGGUCGCAUCGCUGUGUGUGGAGCCAUCUCUACUUACAACGACAGCGCUCCACAGUCAGGACCAUUCCCGCACCUGACAAUGAUCAUGAACCAGAUCCGUAUGGAGGGCUUCAUGGUGGCCCGCUGGGAGCACAAGAAUGAGGAGUCGCUGCGUCGCCUGCUCGCCUGGAAACAAGAGGGGAAGUUGAAGUGUCCGGAGCACGUGACCAGUGGCUUUGAGAACAUGCCGGCUGCCUUCAUGGGCAUGCUCCGUGGGGAGAACCUUGGCAAAGCCAUCAUCAAGGCCUGAGAUGCCCCAUCCCCGCCACCCAGAGCUCUACCCUACCACUGCCCUGCCUGGGUGACGGAGAGCGUUCACAACCAAUCAGAGGCUUUGAAACUUCAAUGCAGCCAAACCUAUGUUGGGCCAUUUUGACCAAUGAAACCUCCCACCACCCUCAGCUGAAGCAGAAGCCCCUCCCAUGCUAUGUCCCAGCCAGUCACAAUCAGCGGAAAGAAGGCCUGUAUGUGAAGGCCAGCUGCUGUCUGUGUGCGGGUUGACUAUGGUACGCCUAGAAGGAACUGGUUUCCAUGCCAACCACACACCUCAAUUACUGAUUUAUUAUCAUCAUUGUCCUCAUCAACAGUUUGUUUGGUGUGUGUGUAUGUGUGUGUGUGUGUGUGUGUGUGUGUGUCUGAAAAAUACCUUGAAACUGUGGACUUCCAGUUAGGUGCUGUAGAGGUAUUACCCAGUCAAAAUGUAAACAAAGACGAUGUGUUCUUACUAAUGCACUAUGAGUUGCAAAUGACAAGUGAAAAAAUAGCCCACCAUUUUCAAAUAUCCACAUCAUACUAAGCAAAUACUAAACUCUCUCUAAGCUCUCAAACAACGUGCUUUGCAAAAGCAAUUACAGUAAUGCUUAGUGGUGGAACAGUGUCAGAAGUAUUGCGAUGCUCCCAUAAGUCACAUGCUUCACAAAUGCUAAGUAUUUUCUAUUUGAGAAGGCUGCAUGUCUUUGACAACUGUUUUGCAAAACACAUUACAUCUGUGUGAGAUUUGUGUUUGCAUGGUGUCCAUAUUAAAACAGAGGGGUAUAUACUAUGAAGAGAGAUUAGUGGUCUGUUGGGCCAAAAGCCAGAGGUGUGUUCAUAUUUUGCAACCAUGCAGAGGCAAAUGUUAAUGGCCUGUGUUUUCUUUGAACUUUUAUAUUUGAACAUUUUUGUGUAAACAAAAAUUAUGAGCAAUAAGGCAGCAAUCACCUCAUACCACUUGCUUCGUUGUACACUCGAGUUACCAGGAUUGUAAAACACAUCUUGUUUAUUUACAGUGCUUUGGCAGGAUAAUGACUCCGUAUCCAUGCACAUUAACAGUAGAUUUCCAGUCGCUUACAACUCAGUGCUGCCAUCUAGUGUUGUUUAUCUGUAUGCCCUUCAGUAACUUGCAGUUCAGUUCAAACAAGUCUUAACUCUCACUUGAAGUAGCAUUAAUAAUGUAACAUAAACCAUUUUUAGAGUUUUUCUGAUUGACCUAAAGUACUGGUAGAGUUUAAGCUGAUGCAAAUAAGACAAAGUAAGGGAGUGUAUUUGUUUCCAUUCAGUGAAAAACCUCUGAAUGCCCUAGUGGUUCAGAGUGACACUAAAGUGCCUCCUGGUUUUUUGGAAAAUAAAAAGAUUUUUCUGGCUUUUGGUAAA